AUGAUGCCAGAUGGACAGGAAAUAGCAGUAAAACGAUUAUCGGAAGGAUCAAAACAAGGCCUUCGUGAGCUAAAAAAUGAGCUAUUAUUAGUUGCCAAGCUUCAGCACCGGAAUCUGGUGAAGUUAAUAGGCGCAUGCCUCAAUGGAGAGGACAAGCUACUUGUGUAUGAAUAUAUUCCAAAGAAAAGUCUUGAUGCCUUUAUUUUCGGUGACGAAAAGCGUGGAAAAUUAGCUUGGGAUACACGAUACAAGAUCAUUUGUGGUAUUGCUCGAGGCUUGGUGUAUCUACAUGAUGAGUCCCGUAUAAAAGUUAUACAUAGAGAUCUGAAACCAGGCAAUAUAUUACUAGAAAUGGAUAUGAAUCCAAAGAUCUCUGACUUUGGUCUGGCAAGUAUUUUUGAGGGUGAUCAUACAAAGCAUAUCACAAGAAGAGUAGCUGGAACCUAUGGGUAUAUGGCGCCAGAAUAUGCUGUACUUGGACAUGUUUCAACCAAAUCAGAUGUGUUCAGCUUUGGAAUGAUUAUUCUAGAAAUUAUGACUGGGAGGAGAAACAGUGUAUCCUCUGAAAUGAUGAUGGCUGAGCAUCUUUUAACUUAUGUAUGGGAGAACUGGACCAAGGGGACAAAAGCUGAGAUAUUGGAUCCAUCAUUGCAAUACAACAACAGCUCUGCAAAUGAGGUUCUCAAGUGUGUACACAUUGGACUAUUAUGUGUUCAAGAGAAUCCAGGUGAUAGACCCGGCAUGUCCAGUGUGAUGCUGAUGCUUGUUGGAAAGUCUACUACCUUGCCUGCUCCUUCUAGGCCUGCUUUUCUAUUUAGGUUGAAUGAUGAAAACCAUGCCCAUGGUGGUCUAAAUAACCGACUAGAUGGCUUGAACGAAUCAAAUCCAACAUUCAAUAAUUUGACAAUCACAGAAUUAGAACCAAGAUAG